CGGGAUUCUGGGAACUGAGUCAGUUCCAGUGAGGUCUCCUAGCAACUGGGGGAAGCCAGGGCCAUGGCACUCCUAACACCCCAGGGAGUGAAGGAAGUCUUCCAGUUUCAGAAACCCCAGGGGCGAGAGCACCUGCGGAGGCUCCUGAACUGGGAGAAGUUUGAUGAGCUGAGGGAUGCCCGCCGGAGCAUCCUGCUGGACACCCUCUACGACAGCGUCAUCUUUGCUGUGGGCAAAGGCUUCCCAUGGGUCGAGGUGGUUCAGGUGGUCAAGUUCACGGAAGAGCUGCUCAAGGAGACCAAAGGCUGCUCCAUCACGGAGGCUGUGGCAGUCCUAGGGAACAAGCUCCGAGAUUAUCAGAAGCAGUUCAACGUCACCCACCUGCUGGCCCUCUGUGACUACUUCCACAACACCUUCAUCCGACACUAUCGACUCUACCAGUAUGUCCUGAGCCGGGACCAGGAAGUCAACCUGACCGUUGCCCACGUGCAAAUGUGUGCGCCACCCCAGCCCCUGCCACUGACAGACGGCACAGAUCGGGAUGUGUGGAGUCAUGAGCAGCAGGUGGCUGAACUGAGCACAGCUGAGGCACAGACGCGCACAAACAUGCUAAUGCUGAAGGAGACGCUGAGCCUGGAGCAGGCACACAGUCUGCAGAAGGCCUUCGGGGUCGAGGAGGCUCCAGGGCAGUUGCAGCCCCGUCCGACCUUGAGGAGGGAGGCUCUGGAGCGUCUGGUCAGCGAGGCCAUCCAUAUCCAGAUCGCAUGCCUGCAGGAGCUUCUACAGUACGAGAUCCAGGCGGCCUUUGACAUCCUGGACCUGAGGCUGCAGAAGAAAACACUGAGCCUCAGUGCUCCUCCACCCCUGCUUCCCUGUAUCACCGCUGGCCAGGCGGCCCUAGAGGACUCUCCUAAGGCUAGUAAAGCCAAUAAAGGAAAGAAAGGCAAAGCUAAGAAGUAGGAGGCCGAUGACUACCGCCUAAGGACCUGUGAGAGAAGUAGCGUGGACAUGCUUGGCAUAGACCAGAGCUCCUAAUGAUUAAAAGAAACAAAGCCACU